UACUUCUACGAUGACCACGCCUUCUACCACACGCACCCCACACAGUGUUAAACAGUGGCAUUUGGAAAGCUUGGGACUCCUUGCCGGUGGCACAAACAGCCCCAAGCAAAACCGGACACCAAUGGAAAUCUCACGUACAAGAUUCAGUACUUGGACACCAAUUGAAAACCAAUCUCUUAAUAAUCAGCUCUUUCAGGAAAGAGUCAGGCUUAUAAGCCAUUGGUUUGACCUGUGGACAGACAAGCAGCGUAAGCAGUUUCUCCACUGGAUAUUCACCAAGUGCAAUAAAUCGCAACUAAAGUUUGCUGAAAAAUGGUUUGUAGACAAUAUCCCAGUGACCAAAGUGGACUUCACCACUUUGCUGCCCCGUUUCAUAUCUCUGUAUAUAUUCUCCUUUCUCAAUCCAAAGGACGUUUGUGCAGCAGCUCAAGUCAACUGGCACUGGAAGUUUUUAACCGAACAGGAUUGCCUGUGGAUGCCAAAAUGCAUUAGGCUAGGAUGGUUUCUUCCUUACACUCCUGAAAAAAAUGAAUACAGUGCUUGGAAGCAAUAUUAUAUAGCCUGUGCAACCAACUUGGAUUACUUCACUCCCAGGGAAGGUGUUGAAUGUUAUGGGACUCUCAAUGAACCUAACAUAGAAAAUGAAGAGGAAGAAGAAAAACUGCAUGCAAAAUAUAUACGAAAAAUGAUUCGAAAGAGAUUGGCUCUGCAGAAGAAGGAAUUAUUCAAAGCUCGUCCUCCUUGGAUAAGUGGAACACAAAGUUCAGGAUUUUACAAAUCCGGAUUUCAGCCAAAUUUGUCCCAGACUAUCCAAGACCAGGCUACAUUGCCAGAACCAUUGUUACUAAUGAAGAAAAAAAUGCUUUCACCCAAAGAUAUACUUUCGAAACAAAGUUCUGAAGAUGUUAAAUCUGUACCGAGCUUCAACUUGGAAGUGGAAAAACCACUUGAAAAGAAUGUUGAUGGGAGCAGCUCUUACCCGGUCUUACCUCAUAGACGUUGUUUGACUGUUUCCCAAAGUUCUCCCAAUGGGGUGCCUUCCUUUCAGCCACACCUGGUCUUGAUAUCAUCACGUGUUCCUGCAUAUGAGAUGAUUUUGGACAGUCUUAAGCCUGAAGUAGUUCCUGUAGUGUAUGAACAUAGCAGCACCACAUUGAAAAGCCUCCUUUAUUAUAUAGAGAAGGCUUUGGAUGGCCAAAAAGCAAAGACUAUUGGGAUUAUUAGUGAUGGAGAUUCCAGAGAGAUAAACUUGCUUCAAAAUUAUAGAAUCAGUACCAUGAAUCUUCAGAAGCCUGAGGUGAGACAAUUUUGGGAGAAGUUAAGAAGCUGCAUCUCCCCUCCAGAAGAUGGUAGCCAUAUUGACAUCUUUCUUCCUCUGGCAGCAUCAGAGGCAGGAAUGGAGGUCCUUUCCCAGCUGUCUCAUCUAACUGGCGUGUUCUUCAGGACUCCUACUGGAAUAGCAACUGGAUCAUAUCAGCACAUCCUCAGUGAAUGGCUGGGAAACCAGAGAGGCAGCCCACCUCCAUCACUCUACUUCAAUGAAGUAAAACUGCAGAUAUGGCUCAGAUUUACAGAACUGCUGGAAGAAGCACUGAAAGCUGUCAGGAUAAAGCUGAGACCAUAUUUUUGUGACUUGAAGAAGAACGUGGCCGGCAAGAUUCUUGGUCAGAUUAUGUUUGAUGCUGUGAGCUGGUCUAAAAUUCAAGACAACCGAAGAAUAGCCCAGGAUUUGGCUGAUGGAUUAGUAGAAGCCUCAAGAGGAAACCAUGAAAACCCUUUGGAAUUUCUAUCACACUUCCUGAUGAAGAAAUAUAAUAAAAAUGAAAAGCUCAGAAGCGAGGUAUUUUUGACCAAGAGCAAUCCAGAAGCAAGCCUUCACGUGCCAAUUAAGAGUGGCAAACUACAUGAAGACACAGCAGACAAACGCAAAGGGUUUGCCGACGAGCUUUUGUUAAGUGAGAGGAAGUAUGUGCACAGCCUGGAAGUUAUAAGAGAUGUUUAUGUUAAGCCACUGGAGGCAGCGCUAGCUUCAAAUCAACCCAUCCUAAGCCAUGUCAGUGCUCAGCUCAUCUUCUCAGAUAUCUUGAACAUCUUACAACUGAACAGGUGGGUUUUAGAUGAGCUAACAGAAAGACUUAAUGAAUGGAGCCCAGCCCAAAACGUAGGAGACAUACUCAUUAAAUUUGGCCAGCAGCUUCAAACGUACACAAACUUCUUCAACCACUAUGCAGUAAUUCUGAAAACUAUAGACAAGUGCCGGGAGGCUGUUCCACUAUUUCGUGCUUUCUUGAAGAGACACGAUAAGACUGUGGUUACUACCAUGAGGAGCCUACAGGAACUUCUGUUGUGCCCUUCUAAAAGGGUUGAAGAGUACCUCACUCUCCUGUAUGCUCUGAGGCUGCACACUCCUUCAGAACACACUGACCACAAAGGUUUGACUACUGCAAUUAAGCAAAUGAAACAAUGCAAGGAUUACGUAGAUCAGCUAAAACUGAAUGUGAGUAGAGAUGAUCAGAUAUUAAGUACACAAAGACUCAUCCAAGGAUGUCCUCCAUUACUGAAAACCAAUAGGUAUCUAAUUAUGUCGCAAGAUGUAGCCCAACUCAACUGCUGUUCUGAGAGAGUUAGUAUGCCAUUCAGGAUCUAUCAACACAUCCACAAUCUUAGCCUUUUCCUUUUCAAUGAUAUACUUGUUAUUUCACGACGCAGCAUCGCUUACAAACCUUUUGAAUGGAUCCCAAAAACUACUCACCAGUACUUGUCAGUGGUAACACUUCAUCGGCUCCUUGUUGAAGAUAUUCCAGAUUCCAAAUAUAUCAAGAAUGCUUUUCUCCUACAAGGACCAAGGUGCCAAUGGAUUUGUUCCACAGAGGAAGAUGACAAGAUCACAUUGCUUUCUGAAUUGGAAAGAGCAAUUAACUGCAGUAUUGAAGAGGAUGUGAACUGUUCUUAAGAUUUAUAUUUAUUAGUUGCUCAGUACUUCCAUGAGCACUGAUGAGUAUAAUCAUUCAAUCAUCCUUUGUUGAAAACCACUUAUAUAAACAUAAUUCGCUUUAUAUAGGUGACACGAGAAA